CAGCACGCACCUGUCGCCCCUCCCACUCCCUCCCUCUCUCCCUCUCCGCCACCAGCGCCGCUCCUGCCACGGCGACGACGGCGGCAAACGGCGGCGACGGCGGCGCCUCUCCGGCUUUCCUCUUCCUCUCCCUCCUCCUCCUCUCCCUCUGUCUUUCCAUACAAAUAUCUCUCUCUCUCUCUCUCUCUCUCCUAUCCUGCGGGCGCUGCGAUUGUCCGGCGUUGUAUGCGGUCUUGGGCGCUUCCGUUUCUCCGUGGACGCUCGCCCGAGUCCCAUUCGCUCCGCUCGCCUUCGCCAGCCGCCCGCUGCGGCCGUCGAUUCGCCGCUUAAUUUAGGAAGUCCCCUCGCCGGAGCGGAGCCGGGCUAGUCGGGACUGAGCGCGCCACCAUUGGAAUUAAGAGAACGGCCUUAUUCAGAUGUCUGAGUAAUUUGUCCCGGCACUUCAGUGGCUGAUGAAAUGAACCCACGAACUGCUGCCGUGUCUAGAACUCAGAAAUCAAAUGGAAUUCAGCGAGAAGGUCCAAAUUGGGUCCUUAUUGCUGGUGGUGCCUUGUUAAGCACAUUGUCAUUUCGGCUUGGUUACAAGCUGAAACAAGCAACUGACAAAAAGCAGGCUGACGACUCUGGAAAUGGAAAAUCCACUGACAGGAGAAAGCGACCCACUUCUCGUCUGCAUUCAAACAUGUAUUCCUAUAUGCAAGGCGAUGAUGGCUGUUUUAAUUGUUUCCCAGCAGGAAAUGAGGGAGCGACAGACCCAAAGCACCCUUCCACUGAGCAGAUGCUCGAAGAGCCAGAAUCAGCUCUCCCCUUGGUGACUGUUCCUGCCCCUGAAUAUAACAGAGAAAAUGGAGUAACCUGGGCAUCUUCACCCGAUCGCUUUGAAUUGCCUCCAAAGCCAUUCCACCCUUCUAACUGCUCAGAGUCACCAUGUGUCUCCGAAUCUGGCUCUGACAUCUUCAGCAAAAGGGAAGUGAUUCAUAAGCUGAGGCAGCAAUUGAAGAGGAGAGAUGACAUGAUUCUGGAAAUGCAGGAUCAGAUAACCGAUUUGCAGAAUUCAUUCAAUGCUCAGUUGGAGCAAUCUACUCAUUUGCAAGCUCAACUUGACGCUGCAAAUAGGGACUUGUUUGAUUCUGAGAGAGAGAUUCAAAGACUGAGGAAAGCUAUUGCAGAUCACUGCGUUGGACAUGUGGGCGUGCAGGAGAAGAAUUCGACAGCCCCACUAUGGCCACCAGAAUUGAGAAAUGGCCAUGCAAAUGGGCAUGUUGAUGGUGAAAACAAUCUUGAUUCUUUUGAGAAAGCAAGAGGUAUGGACAAGAUUGAGAUGUUGAAGAAGGAAGUGGGAGAGUUGAAGGAGGUCAUAGAAGGGAAAGAGUUUCUGCUGCAGAGCUACAAGGAACAGAAGGCAGAGCUUUCUCUGAAGAUUAGGGAGUUACAGCAGAGAUUAGAUUCUCAGCUUCCAAGUAUUUUGUAGGCAUUGUCGUCACUUGUGCAUAUCACUCUAGUUUUCUUUUUCCGUGCUUCGGAACUUGAGGUUUCCAGGAUUGCCAGAAGCAUCAUCUUCUUCUCAUUUCUUGUUAUCUUUUUCAUCCUUUGGUGAUGUUUUUAUUUUGCGUUUGCUCUUGUGCAGCUGCGUAGGAGAUAGAACAUAGGUUGCUCCUUUUUAAUCCCCUUUCCGUUCUUGUUUUUUAUUUGGAGCAGAAAGAGAGCAGACAGUCUGCUUUGCACACGCUUGAGAUUCUAAGUUUGUGGAAAGGUCGCCGUAAUUUUUUAUGGUAUUGUUAAUAUUCCCGAAUUAUUUUGGCUC